AUGCCAGGAAGCCCGACUUCGAAUCAUGUGCAAGUUCUCCGGGAUCUGACGCUCGCUGAUGAGCACCUCAUGAUCUGCUUCUGUGGAUGGAACAGGGAGUCGGACGUUGAUACGCAAGUGCUGCUGAAGGCGGUUGAGAAGAUCGUGCGCAUAAAGUUGCAAAUGGGGGACCAACACCGGAUCAGCCUUGCUCGCGAACAAGGAUCAACACUUGUGGUCGAGCAAGAGUUUACAAGAAACGUCGCUGCGCUGCUAGCAGCUGUCCCAACAGUCCUGGGCUCAGCUAGUCACGGGGAUAUGGUGGACUUGGAAGCGCUUCUAGCUGAUGCUGCUCGCUACUUUAGUGCACAGCGAGACAUGGAGCGCAAAGCUACGUCGUCCUUUCGUCUGCUGCUGGUCUAUAGACAGUCAACACAGAGACCGCAGCUUCACGUCGCUCAGCAAGAGGAACCAAAUCAGUUUAUCACUGACCCUGUCUUUCAUCUGGACGUCAUCUACUGGCAUCGAGAUGUCCCGCUUGAAUUGGCUCAGCACGUGUUUGACGAGCUCUGCUCGUAUGACAACGCAAACCCGUUGGCCAAGUUCUACUUCCUCGAAGUCGGUGGAUCAGUCGAGCGAUUGCACCAGGCACUCGUACUGAUGCUGUCGCAUCCGGCACAUCGAUUGAGCCAAAGUGCGGCCGAGCAGCUGCUGAGCUCGCGGUUCUCACCGAGCAAAACGAUCGAUUCUCUAGGGCAGCAGGAUUAA